CUGUUUGUACGAAUUUGAGGGUAUUUACUGGUCCGUUAAACUUAUCAACGUUUACUUGUGUAUUUGUAAUACUUCCACAGCUCACUCUCCCCCCGAAACGGAAAGGCAAAACAUUGAGAUCCUUAGCUCGCAAAAUUUUCAAGCAAAUCUUCCACACAUUUCCACACAUUCCAAAUCAGCCACACUUCAAACCCCACAAUUUCAUAUAUACAAUUUCUAUAUAAUUCACAGCAUUUUAACAAAAACAAAUAAUUAGAUUAGGAAAAAAUCAUGGCCCAAAUAGUAGCAAGUGGAUUAAUCUCGUUAGGAGCUUUGUUGGUAGAAGUAGGAGCUUUUGUUGCAGUGGAACAUUUUCUAAGAAAUCGAAGGACCCGUUACUCACAUUCAUCCCAGAAUUAUGAGUCUCGAGAAAGUAAAAUUUCCAACUUGGAGAAACAACGAGACGACUUAACCCGGCGGAUGGAAGCGAUUGAUGAGAACAUUGAAACAAUAAGAGCUCGAUUGGGAACAGAAAAAGGGAAUGACAAACUUGAGGACAAAAUCUAUCGGGAAGAAGCCAAGUCUCAAAAUAUCGCUGAUAAAAUAGUUACUUUGGACGAGACAAUAACUAAGAUGCAGAUUGAAGUUGCAAAUCAAGUAAAGGAAAACGUUUCAAUGUUGAGGGUUUGAAGUGGAUGUCAAACUUGGCCUGUCACGAUUAGAUAAAUAAGUUUACUAAAGACAAACAGUUGCAUGUUAGUGUUUACGAAAAUGGUAUUGGGGUUAUUUAUUUAUUGGUCACUUCCUUAUUGUGUGUAAACAAAUGCGCGUAGAAGAGAGUAGGUCAUAUCGCUUAUCAAUGCAUCAAGGGCCAGCACGUUGCUAUUCACUUAAACAGAUAACGUUCUAUCAUUUGAUCAGGUACGACGCAGAUAUUUUCAACAUUAAAUUCGUGCGAAAGGUAUGACUUCUUUUUUGCUAAGUGGAGAUCACAAUGUUUUGAAUGGUCUGGAAUUUAUCGAUACUGGCAUUUUAGUUUCGGGUAACAACAACAGAUUAGAAAAUAUGUGUGCUUCCAAGUCCGAUAGAUUCAUUGAAAUCAGGGGAUCCAACAAUUCUUUACACCGGGUCCACUUGAUUCCAUUGAGAAUUUAGGUAUCAUUUCAUCGUGUCUGUCAGAAGGAAACAUGUUUCAGAAUAUUUACGGAUUAAAUAUUCCACGUGGAAUCUCCUGCUGUGGAAGUAAUAACAAGUUUAGUGAAAUUCAUCUCUCCAAAUUGCCCGGCUUCAAAACGUCUUGUGACGUAUAUUUGGUUGGUUAGACGAGUUUAUUUUGGGGUAAAUCCAAAUAUAAGGAAAAAGUUCAUAAUUCAUAAUUUUUUCAAAAAAGGAGGUUUGCUACCUCGGCUACACCUGGAUAUACGGUCACUACGAUGCUCCCGCUGAGGAGAAGGAUAUCCAAAUUAUGACGGCAAAAUUAAACGCCACCCUGAAAAAAAUCCAUCACCUUUGCACAAACCCUUUUUACCCUGGCGACAGAAUAUUUCCCCCACGUGACUGGCCAAUCAUUGCGGAAUGGAUUUUACAAAGAAUUCGACGCUCUCCAAGGAAUCGGUGGACUCUACUAUGCCACGACGCUGCUUUCCUUUGAAACCCUUGAUAAUGCAAUUGAAAUGGGAGAAGGGCUUGUCGAGAAAUAUUUUUAUUAGGUGCAUAUGUACGUAUUUAUAUUAAUUAUAAAAUACACAGAUUUUUUUUCAUUUAAAUGAUAUUUUUCUGAAAUUUGCCACGUAAAUAUUUAUUUAGCAUCUUAAAUUUAAUAUGUACUUACAAAUAAAAAUUACAACAAAGGGUUUACUUUGAUUUUAUGAGUUGUAUCUUUCAAACUCCAAAAAUAUUGUUAUAAAAAAUAAGUAUAUAUUUUUAUGUACUUAUAUGACCAAGACUGCGAGAAAAUUUACCUGUUAAUCCGCCGACAAUUAUACGCCUGAUGAGGUUUUAAUCGUUGAA